AUGCCAUUUGCUCCAUUUACAGGGGUGAAUCACCACUAUCAAACCAUACAGUUUGGAUGUGCACUUUUACAGGACGAGACCAAAGUCACAUUUGCGUGGUUGUUUAGUAUUUGGCUUGAAGCUAUGAGAGGAAAACAUCCAUGUGCUAUUAUAACCGACCAAGACGAUGCCAUGGAUUUUGCUGUAAAGAAGGUAUUCCCGAACACUCGUCAUCGUUUAUGUCUCUGGCAUAUAAAAAAGAAAUUCGGAGAUAAAUUAUCUCAUGUUUACCUGAAAAAGUCAAAAUUUAAAAAAGAUUUGAAAAAAUGUCUCCAUCGUACCUACAAAAUCAAAGAUUUUGAAGAGAAGUGGAACAUCAUGAUAAAAGAGUUUGGCUUAAGUAACAAUGAUUGGCUAAAAACUUUAUAUGAGAUUCGUGAGUCAUGGGUUCCUGUAUAUCAUCGUGGAACUUUUUAUGCUGGGAUGAAUAUUACUGGUCGUAGUGAAGGGGUGAAUGCAUUUUUUAAUGAAUUUGUCUCGUCAAAGACAAAUCUUAAAGAAUUUGCGAUUAGGUACGAUCAAGCACUAAAAAAAAUUGUUGACAAAGAAAUUGAAGAAGAUUACGUGUUGGAGCAUACAAAGCGAAUUAUUGACGAAAGGAACUUAAUAUUAAAGCAUGCUGCUGAAAUAUACACUCGGAAUAUGUUUGGGAAGUUUCAUUAA